CACAUUAUAUAUACUAAUGAUAAAUGGAGAAUAAAGUUGCUUUGACUUUUUUGUCAGAGGGGCGUUUGCUAGUUAAAAAGUUAAAAUGGGGCGCGGGUAAAAAAUAGUUUGGGAAACACUGAUUUAGACAGAAGCGCAAAGUUUUCGUACUUUGGUUCAGGGGAACAUGUUCUAAAAUUUUGAUACCAGUAUCCAACCAAUUUUUCCAAACUUUUGUGUGUUCAUUGUUUUGUAUAACUUACGGUCAGCCGGUAUAUUUUUUUUCGGGGAAAUCAAAAUAAACUUAUACAGGUACAGUACUGCAAUAUCAGACUAUGCAGGAUUGCAGGGACCAUUUUUUCGCAAAAGUUAAUUUUGUAAUGUACUAAUGCUGUAAUGACGUGCAGAUUGAAUGACUAGCCACAGGUGAUAAUUCUGAAAUUAUUAGGACAUUGCACAUUUUGAAGUGUUGAUGUUUGGCAGUGCACAGAUGUCAGGAUGUACUGAUGUAAGUGGGACACUCGCUGUACCACACGGUUCUGGGGUUACGGUAGGUUGUUCAGCUUAAUCAUAUGGCGAACCACGACCUCGCGUAUUCAUAACGCUCAGCAAUUUCUGACGAUAAGCCACACUGCCAAGCCAUAGUUUGAGUGUUGACUGAAAUCAGAAAAUAGACCAAGCAUGAACACAAAAUUAACCUGUACAAUACAGCAGUACGAGUAUGCUUUUAUGGUACCAUACUGUAACCAAAUGAUUGAAUGAAGUUGUUUCCAAUUGUUACAUUUUACCUAAACUGCCUAAAGUGUUCCUUUUCUUCUUGUCACCAAUUGUUACAUUUUACCUAAACUGCCUAAAGUGUUCCUUUUCUUCUUGUCAAGUAGCUAUCACACUACACAAAUAGGUCAAUCGGACCAUUGAAUUAAAAUAAUACUGUGAUAAUUUAUACACAAAUUGGUGAUAUUGGCUGUGAACUGAAUGCUAUAAUGCGGGUUUAUAAUCUAUCACCAAGUGAUACAUGCCCAUGCAUUGUGCUGAAGUUCAAGUCUUGCACUAUUAUGCUCGACUGCUCCUUGGAUUUAUUAUCUUCUCUGAAGUUUUUACCUUGUGGAUCUACUGAGAGAACCAGUGGAAAGCAUUUGUCAAAAUGGGUGCUACGAGACUCGGAUGGGCAAGUUAUUACUGAUAAUGAACUGAAAGAAUGCUCGGGUUCAGUGUUUGUUGACAGUAGCCCUGAGUUUUGUAUUCCUGAAAUUGAUCUUUUGGACCUGUCAACAGUUGAUGUCAUUUUAGUUUCAAAUUACUUCAAUAUGCUUGCUGUACCAUACCUAACUGAAUAUUGCGGAUUUCAAGGUGCUGUAUAUGCAACGGAUCCUUCACACCAAAUCGGACGUUUGUUCAUGAAAGAAAUGGUGCAAUACUGUCAUCGAUUAUCACCAACGUCCCAAGCAACAAAAUGGAAAAAUGAGGAUUUAGAAAACAACCUACCUGCAUCAUUGAAAGAUGUUUGGAAUAACGAUGUUCUUUCAUGGAGACAGUGUUAUAAUGAAAAUGAUUUACACAAUGCACUUUCAAGAGUGCAUGUUGUUGGUUACGCAGAAAAAAUCAGCAUAUUUGGAAGUUUAACAAUAAGUGCGUACAGUUCUGGAUUUGCGAUUGGAAGCUGUAACUGGUGUAUAAAUUCAGACUAUGAAAAGAUAGUAUACAUGUCUGAUAGCUCGUCUUUAACAACACAUCCGCAGCCGAUGGAUAUUACACCAUUGAGGAACAGUGAUGCUUUAAUAUUUACUGGAUUAAGUAGAAUGCCCACAAAUAAUCCAGAUAAUAUGAUAAGUGAAUUUUGUAGUUGUUUAGCUGUAACGCUGAAAGCUGGUGGUAAUGUCUUGGUGCCAUGUUUUCCAUCUGGUCUUGUUUAUGAUUUACUUGAAUGCCUUCUUGCUUAUUUAGACCAAGCUGGUUUAACAAACAUUCCAAUAUAUUUUAUAUCACCUGUCGCUAAAGACUCAUUGGCAUUUUCACAGGUUUAUUCUGAAUGGCUUCAUCCAAACAAGCAAAAUAAAGUAUACUUACCUGAACCACCAUUUCCACAUGAUGAACUGAUUGCAAUGGGCAAACUUAAGGUUUUUUCUAGUAUCCAUGAAGGUCUGUCUGCAUCUUUCAAAAAGCCAUGUAUUGUCUUUGCUGGCCAUCCAUCACUACGAUUUGGCGAUGCUGUACAUUUUAUAGAAAUGUGGAAAAAUUCAGCAACUAACUCUGUCAUAUUUGUUGAACCAAAUUUUCCAUAUCUAGAAGUUUUGGCUCCAUUUCAACCCCUCCAAAUGAAAGCUUAUCAUUUUGAAAUUGAUACUCGAACAAAUCCAUCGGCAGCAAAUUUAAUAUUAAAUGAUUUAAAAGCAAAACAUGUUAUUGUGCCGACAAGUUAUACAAAACCACCUGUUUUGCAUCCCCAUAGAACUGAUCUCUGUCUUCAGUUGAACCAACCUCUGCUUUGCAUGGACAGAAAAUCAGUUUUACCAAUUGAUGUCAAAAGACAAUUUGAAAAGGUUCAGCUUUCUGCUGAUUUGUCAGCGACAUUAUUACCUGCUGAAGUUAGACCUGGAGUAAUGCUUGCCGCAUUAUCAGGUGAACUUGUAGUCAAAGACAAUAAGCAUAAGUUAAAACUAGUCACCAAGCCAACUCCAGGAAGCAAAAAAAGAAAAUUUCAGGAAGUAAGUGCUUUACACCGACCUCUUAUGUGGGGAAAACUUCAUGUUGAUAAUCUGCUUGACAAUUUGAUUAAAGAAGGCUACACAAAUGCUAAAGUGGAGGAUACAUCUUCUGGUCAUAUGAUUCUUCUUCGAGACACAAUUAUUCAAAUUGACGAAGAUUCAACUCAUAUUGUGUGCGAAGGAAAUGAAUCGUUGAGAAUAAAAUUGAGGGAUAUUUUAUUAAGAAGCUUGUCUGGAUUGUGAAUCAAAAAUAAAAAUAAUUUUACACGAUUGUAAUUUUUAAAAAGUAUUUUAUGCUUCUGCAUUUUGUGCCAGCACAUCUUACUAAAUUGUUUAAAAAAAGGCCAACUUCAUCUCAAUAUUUGCUUAAACCAAAUCGCUGAUUCAGUACCAUUCUGCUGGUAUUUAUGAUGGGACAGGAAGUGGAAAUGAAUAGUGUUGCUAAAUUCUUGUUGUUGUUCUGGAAUAAAAGGCCCUUUUCCACAAUCUAAUGAGAAAUCCAUUUUAAAUUUUCAGUUUUUCAAAACAUCGAAUAUGUGAAAUUUUAUUUUGAAA